UUUAAUCUCAAUGAUUUUUAAAUGUAUAACUUUUGAGUGAUACAUGACAUCUAAAACACAUUAGAGUAAACAAAUCAAAAGAAACUCGCCAAAGAAUUUCGUCUAAUGGAGAAGCGCGUCUCAAACUCUUUUUAUUUCAUGGUCACCUUGGUCUUGCUGUUAGUUCUCACAAUGCAAUUUAUAUUAGUAGGAGGUAUAUGCUCAAAAAUAUUGCCAAAAUGCAAUACCUUGGAUUGUAGUUCCGCAUGUGUAUCCGUUGGAAAAGGGUAUCGUGUAUUAGGAUGGUCAUGUGAGUUCUUCAACUUCUGCACUUGUUUUUACAAUCAAGCACCAAAUCCAGCCGAUUGUACCUUUGGAUUGGGUAUCUGCAAUGAUAAAUGUGAUGAGUCCUGCUGUAGAUCAAGAUGUGCUAAUAAAUUUAUUGGGGGUUAUGGAGACUGUAUCCCAACUACGGGGCAUAAUUUGUGCUUUUGUUUCUACAAUGCUUGAUUUUCUCCUUAAUUAAUUCAAAUAAAUAUAUUAAAUAAAUACAUGUACUCCUAUUU